UUGUUCGACAUUUUCAUUAGUUCUCGCCUAUUCUAGCACUCGUAUGUGCUGCGGCGACAAAUGGGGCCAUGUAUACAAAAAUGCAAUGUUAUCGGAAAGCACAAUCCAUGUCGUGGUUACAUCGACAAUUUGUACACUAUCUUUACUCCUGGAAAAAUUCUAAAUGUAGAUCAAUUACCAAGCAAUUUUACAAAAAUAUCCCGGCGCGCCACAAACACGAUUGUGACAAUGGCGAUAGGAGGGAUAACAUACUUAAUAUGACCAAUAAUCAGUACUUGGAUCAUAUGUACAAAGCAUGGCUCAAAGAUCAAAAAUCCGUAAGUCCCUCAUGGGACUCGUAUUUUAAAUCGAUCCAUACGGAAAAUCCUAAGGACUCUUGUUCUUCUAAGCCCAAGUCAAUACGCGUCAGUUCGUCUUCCAAGUUAAUGGCAUCGGAAAGCCGACAAGCAGACAAGAGUCUCUUAAAAGCAGAUAAGAGAUCAUUUUUUCUGAAAGAAUCCAUUCGGACAAAAUCGGACAGUCAAAUGCAGGGAGAUCAAUACAUAAUCAGCGCACUCGAUAUUAAUGCUACGAUCCGAGCUUAUCAAGCACGUGGUCACUUGAUAGCUGACACCGAUCCAUUAGGAAUACAGAAUCCGGAAUCAGCGAAGCUGCAGGGUACCGCAAAUUUGCCGCCCGCGAUUGUAGUGCGGCAGCAUCUCAAAGGAAUGACGGAAGCGGAUAUGAAUAAAGAAUUCCCUCUCGCAUCCUUGACCGUUAUUGGGGGCGACAAGAGGAGCUUACCACUGCGGGAGAUACUGACGAGGCUCAACAAGAUUUAUUGCGGUCAUCUAGGUCUCGAAUACACGUAUAUUCAUGAUCUCAAUAUGUUAGAUUGGUUGAGAGAAAAGUUUGAGAGACCGGGCGCCUGGGAGUUGCCUGCGGAGCACCGGAAAUGGAUCUGGAUGAAUAUCAUGAGGGCCGUAAGUUUCGAGAACUUUUUAGCAAAGAAAUACGGAACGGAGAAGAGAUUCGGGUUAGAAGGUUGUGAAUCGUUUAUACCAUCCAUGGCGGAAUGCAUGGAAACUUCAGCGCUAAAAGGAGUCGAAACUGUAGUUAUUGGUAUGGCACAUCGUGGUCGUCUAAAUACUUUGGCGAAUAUUUGCUUGAAACCGAUGAGCCAAUUAUUCACGCAGUUCAAUCCGAUUGCUCUGGAAGGAUUCGGUUCUGGUGACGUGAAGUAUCAUCUCGGGACGUACGCAGAGAAGUUACUAGAAAGAACCAAGAAGAAAAUGCUUGUUGCCAUAUUGGCAAAUUGUUCGCAUCUGGAAGCAAUCGAUCCGGUCAUAGUCGGUCGUGUUCGUGCCGAACAAGUCGAGAAAAGUGAUUCUAAACACGGCAAAAGAUCAUUAGCUAUAUUGGUUCACGGUGAUGCCGCUUUUGCCGGCCAAGGUGUCGUUUACGAAACAAUGCAUCUCACCAAUUUACCGGAGUAUACAACGGGUGGUGUCAUGCACAUCGUAAUUAACAAUCAAAUUGGUUUUACAACUGAUCCAAGAUAUUCACGAUCUAGUGAGCAUUGCACAGAUGUCGCACGUGUUGUUAACGCUCCUAUUUUUCACAUACAUGCUGAUGAUCCUGAUUUAGCGACUUACUGCAGUAAGGUGGCCAGCGAAUAUCGAGCUACUUUUCAUAACGAUGUGGUAAUAGACAUCGUUGGAUACCGAAGAAACGGGCACAACGAGAUGGAUGAGCCGAUGUUAACUCAACCGCUCAUGUACAAGCGAAUAAAAGAUCACCCUAAUGUUUUGUCUAUAUACUCUAAUAAACUAUUUAAAGAGGGUGUGAUAACAGAAGCUUUCGCAAAGCAGGAAAUAGAAAAGUACGUGAACCAUUGCGAAGAAGAAUUCACAAAAGCACAGACGAUCAGCUCGAUGCAAAUGAGCGACUGGCACGACGUGCCCUGGACUGAAUUCUUUUCGAAUCAAACUCCGAAAAAUAAAAUUCCGCCGACUGGUAUCGAUCUCGCGACCAUUAAAACGAUGUGCAUUGCUAUAUCCACUCCUCCGAAGGACAUUGCCUCGCAUGUUCAAGUAUUGAGAAUGAUGGAUAGGCGAGCAAAACUGAUGGAGUCCCGGCAAGCUGACUGGGCGAUGGGGGAGUGUCUGGCCUUCCUCAGCCUGUUGAAGGAGGGUCACCACGUCAGAUUGUCCGGACAGGACGUCGAGCGUGGCACCUUCACUCAACGAAUACACAUCGUUCACGAUCAGAACAGAGAUAAGACAUAUAAGAACAUGUUGCGCGAUGUUUUCCCGAAGCAAGCACUAUACACCGUCUCGAAUUCGUCGCUAUCGGAAUAUGGCGUGUGUGGUUUCGAACUGGGAUAUUCGUCGUACAAUCAUAAUACUCUGACAGUCUGGGAAGCACAAUUCGGCGAUUUUGCCAAUACCUGUCAGGUCAUAAUAGACUGCCUGUUAUGUUCCGGACAAACUAAAUGGGGUAGGCAGACAGGAUUGGUACUAUUAUUGCCACACGGUAUGGAGGGUCAGGGACCGGAACAUUCAUCCGCGAGAUUGGAGAGAUUUCUUCAGCUGUGCGACGACGAGUGUACUCACUUGCCCGGAACGGAACCCGAUGCUCCCGCCGGUGAAACUGUCGAGCAAAUCAUGACAAGACAGCUUUUCGAUAUAAAUUGGAUCGUCUGUAAUCCCACGACACCUGCCAAUCUCUUUCACCUUCUGCGCCGACAAAUAUUGAUGCCGUUUCGCAAACCAUUGGUUAUUAUGAGUCCUAAAUCAUUGCUGCGUCACCCGAUGGCGAUAUCGAAUUUCGAGGAAAUGGGACCGGGUACGAGCUUUAGGCCUAUUCUACCGGAUCUUUCCGUGAAGUCCGGAAAGGUGAAGAAAGUAUUGCUCUGUACUGGCAAAGUGUACUACGAUUUAAUCAUCGAACGACAGGAACAACAAUUAGAAGAUAAAAUAGCGAUUAUCCGAAUUGAGCAGCUUUGUCCUUUUCCAUAUCAUUUAUUUGCAGAAGAAAUGGCAAAAUAUCCACGAGCAAAAAUCAUGUGGCUGCAAGAGGAGCAUAGGAAUCAAGGUGCUUAUUGUUACGUGAGAGAUAGGAUAGCCUUAGCCUUGGGCAUUUUGCUGGAAGACGUAAAAUACGGCGGUCGCCCUGCUUCGUCGUCGCCAGCGACUGGUAGCAAAAUUAUUUACAAGAAUGAGUAUAAUAACAUGAUAACAACCGCGAUGAAGCUUGAUUAAUCCUUUGGAAAUUGCUAUAAAACUGUAUAUCAGAAAAAAGAUUUUCUUUUUUGAGAAAACGUCACGUACAUAUUAUUAAAAAAUGUAUUUG